AUGGAGCUCGCGCUUCAGUUGAGCGACGACACGGCAGGCAAGUGUACUGUACUCUUCCGCUCACCUUGCGUGCGACACCCUGUUGUGUCACUUUGGGAAUGUUUGUGUUUCCGCCUGGGCGCGAUCAUUUCAUCGGGAGGAGUCUCCAAAAGAACAUAUUUAAGGAUUUAAUCCGAGAACCUCGAGGUGACGCCUAUAUGCAUAUCUGAGGUCAAAUGCUACCCACUAUUACAAUGGAAACUGAGGCUAGUCACAUGCUCGAGGCAGCUCUGGAGCAGAUGGAUGACAUAAUUGCAGGUUCGAAAGCAACAGCUUUGGAGCUCACUAAUGGCGCGUAUGACCUUGGUUCUGUCGUGAGCCACACCCCUCUGCGGGUUCUUCAGUUAGCUGUAGACCUCAAACUUGCUUUGGAGCUCCAACCAAACCAGGAAGAGAGAGAGCGCCUCAGAGCACAAUUGCCCACAGAUACAGCGGAGGCUCUCAAAGACUGGCUCCAGAGUGGAGAUGUGAACCUGUGUCCUCCUUCCAACAAUGAAACCUACCAAGAGCGACUGCUCCGUCUAGAGGGUGACAAGGAGUCCUUGGUUUUACAGGUAAGUGUACUGACGGACCAGGUGGAGGCCCAAGGGGAGAAGAUCAGAGAUCUAGAAAGCUCCCUUGAGGAACACAGACGGAAACUAGCCUUCACUGAGGAGAUGCUGCAACAGGAACUGGUGAGCAGGACGUCUCUGGAAACUCAGAAGUUAGAUCUGAUGGAUGAGGUCUCCUACCUGAAACUGCAGUUGGUUAGCAUUGAGGAAACGCAGAACACACAUCCGCAAGAUCCCAUGGACACAAACCAGAACAAAGCAGAGUGCGUGGUAAAUCUCAUUAGUGAGCUCCAGGAGCAGAUGUGCAGGUUUCAAGAGGAAAUCAGCACUCGCAUUCAGGAGAAGCGGGCCCUCGAAGAUGGUGACACCCAGCGUGGAGAGCCACGUGCUGACCAAGCCCAGGGUCACAGCCCUGUGGUCGGGCUGAGCGGCACGAACCUGAGCCUGUGUGGUCUCAGUACUUGGAAGCACAACGGAGCACUGACUACAAAUGAUUUUUUGCAAGAAGUGAAGAAACUCAAGAAUAAAGUGGAGGAGUUGGAGGAAGAGAAGGGACAGUAUGAGAGGCAACUUCGAGUCACCAAGGCUGAAAUUUCAGACCUGCAGCAGCUCCUUGCCUCCAAAGAUGCUGAGAUUGAAUGCCUACACACCCAACUUCUGGCCAGAGGCAGCACAGCCAAUGACAACGCAGAGAGAGAGGAGGUGUACAUCAAACAUCUGAUAAACAAAUAUCAGGAAUACCAGAGGCUGAAGGUGGGGAUGGAGUCUCUUUUAGCUUCAAACGAUGAAAAGACGCGCCGUAUAGAGGAGCUGACAAAUCUGGUUGGCCAGUAUCGAAAGAUUAAUGAGCUCAUGGCACUCACACAUGGAAGCAGUGAAGAGGAGCUGAGUGGCAGUUUAAAAGUCAGAGCCAUUGCACACAAAGCCCAUUGUGAUAUCUACAGGUCAGAGAUGUCAUCAAGAGGAUCUUCGCCACUUAUGUUAUCCUCAUCACCUUACCAGAGAGACCUAGAUUCAUGUUUUCAGAACUCUAUGGACAUAUCACUUUCUACUGGCGAUGCAACCUUCUUAAAUGGAUCAUGGCAUCAGCGCAGGUUGCAGUCAAGCAGUCUUGAGGAAUUGCAGAGCAGAUCUCUACAAAAGCCCGUAGAGGUCCUGCCAGAUGAAAGUGAAUCAGACGUAGGGGGAGAGAAUGCUCUAAUGGAGCUGAACAAGUACCAGACGCUGCCAGGGAAGCUGUGUGGAAAAAGUGAGCGAAGGACCAAGAUGAACAGUGACAGAGAAAGAGAAGAAUAUUUAUCUCCUGUAAGGCUCUCGCCUGUCUCGAGCCACGACCAGGACUACAAUCUGAUUCGCUUCAGGAGUGCCAGUGCUCCAGUUUUAGGAUCUCCUGGAAAGUAUGAUCUUUACUAUACUGAAUGUUCAGAGCAACUAGAAGGGUGUAUAUUGUCAGAGCAGUCACCGCUAUCCUCUGAAAUGAACUCUGGACAGCACUCUCCUAUGUCACCCGAAAACAGGAAAAGCCAAAGAGGCAUAAAGAAGCUCUGGGGCUUGAUUCGUCGGAGUCAAUCAGGUAGUCCAGUUCAAACACAUGACCCCGAUCUUGUCGAGUUCAAGAGGGGAGGCCCUAGAAACACAACUGGACCAAGACAGGCACGUUCAGGGUACAUAAGAGACCUGAAGCUGCAUUUUUCUAGGUGGAACACAGAGCAGGUGUGUACAUGGCUUGAGGACAUUGGACUGGGCCAGUAUGCCACCAUGGCCCACCAGUGGGUCAGCAGUGGUCAAACUUUAUUGUCUGCCACACCGCAAGACCUAGAAAAGGAAAUGGGAAUGAAAAAUCCAUUGCACCGGAAGAAACUCCAUUUAGCCAUCAAGACGUUUAAUAGCAAGCAGCACGAGAAGUCUGCCGAGCUGGAUUACCUCUGGGUCACUCGCUGGCUAGAUGACAUUGGCCUUCCUCAGUAUAAGGACCAAUUUAGUGAAGGAAGAGUGGAUGGGCAGAUGUUGCAGUACCUUACUGUGAACGACUUGUUGGUCCUCAAAGUGACCAGCCAACUGCAUCAUCUCAGCAUCAAGUGUGCCAUACAUGUUCUACAUGUUAACAAGUUCAACCCUAACUGCCUCAAACGCAGGCCCGGCACUGAGAACCAGUUUGCUCCCAGCGAGGUGGUUCAGUGGUCCAAUCAUCGAGUCAUGGAGUGGCUGAGAUCUGUGGAUCUGGCAGAAUACGCCCCAAACCUGAGAGGCAGUGGAGUUCACGGAGGACUAAUAAUGUUGGAGCCUCGGUUUAAUUCCGACUCGCUGGCCAUGCUGCUUAACAUCCCUCCUCAGAAAACACUGCUGCGGCGCCACUUGACCACCAAUUUCAGCAACCUGGUGGGAGUACAAGCUCAGCAGGAGAAGAAAGAGUACAUAGAGGCAGUGAACUACACACCACUCAGCAUCACUGCCAAAGUCAAGCCUAAAAAGUUGGGCUUCUCUAACUUGACGCAUUUGCGGAAGAAGCGGCCAGAUGAAUCAACAGACUACGUUUGCCCGGUUGAGUCAGCGGGGUCUCUUAAGAGACAUUCAACAGUUAACGGUACCCAGGUGUAUCACUACAACAACAACAACAACUUCAGAAGCCUGAGCACCGUUGUGACCAGAGAGCCUGAUCAGUCCAGGCACCAGCCCUUAAUACCUCAGCCCGCAUCCCACCCCCAUCCCGUGCUCCUCAACCCAGCCCAUCAGUAUGACCCAGUACCUUGACAAGUGAGGAGAUCUUUGUGACGUUCCGAUAAAGCUGCCUGGUGACUCUACAAUCACAGCUGCCUGUCAUGAUGGAUCUAGUCCCCUUCAUGUAUUAUUGGUCAGGUGCUUAACAAGCCCAACCUUGGCCUCCUUUCCUGGUGACAGUGUAAAGACAGUUUUUCUAACCUAUUGUGCACCUACAAGAGAUUAUUUCAUGUGAGUUCACUCGGACACCAUCUCCACCUCUUUUCCAGAUUGAGUACAAUUCUUCCACACGCUUGAAAUAAACUUCUCACAUUGUUGCUUUAAUUCUUACAAAAUUGUAUUCAUUAUUUAUGGAAUGGCAGAGCCAAACAUAAAACUGAGUGCUUGUUUUGGAACAGGGAAACUGACUUUGUAUAAUGUUAUUAUUUUACAGUAGUUGAUGACUUUUUAUACUAAACUGAUACUUUGAAGAAUGCUUUGUGUCAUGUAAUCAGAAAAAAGAUUGAAAUAUACAAACUGUGUGUGUGUGUGAGUAUGCAGAAGGUUAUUUACAUUUUCUUUUUUAAAUUGAAUUAAUGUAGCUGUAGGCUGCAACAUAACACUGGUAAUUAUUUUUAAAAGUCUGAAUGCUUUCAAAAUGUCAAUUGAAAACAUUAAAAUCUUUCAACACCUUU